GUGUUCCGAUAUAUAUGUGUAUACAUACGGUCGUCUAUCGAGUCUGGCGAAGCCGCUAUCUGCUGACUGAUCGGAUCUCCCUCUUUAUUCUCGCCCACUGACGACGGUCGAAAUCAUUCAUACAUGGUACCGAGCCUUCGAGAGAUCGGGGACAGGAGAAGGAUCCAGCCUAUUCAGUGGGGAUCCGUAAACGAAGUUCUUGGUGAUUUAAAUCCAGUCAUGGCCGAUCAGCUAUCGCUUUUCUGUGAAAGAAAAACCUUUUAACAGUGUGAUUGAGCUUUGACGUUUAGAGCAACCUCCGAGAUCCGUUUGGAGUUCGAAAAGGCGGUUUUUCUGGUGCGCGAGGAAGUGAGUUCGUCGCUAUCGUAUUCGCUCAAUCGCGGCUGCCGUUGUCGGUCGCCGUCGAUCAGUGUCGUCGGUGUAGUCGGAUUCAAAACAUAAACAAACACACUCACUCAGUCAGUCUGUGAACCAACGAUGACCGAAGAAGCCGGCGAGUCCCAGGCAAUCGAACUGAAAGAAAAAGCCAAUGCCAAGUUCAAAGAGCAACGCUACGAGGAGGCCGUACAGCUGUACAGUGAGGCGAUUGAGGCGGAGCCGAGUGCAAUUCUGUACGGCAACAGAAGUUUUGCAUACUUGAAGUUGGAAUGUUCCGGCUACGCAUUGCGAGAUGCAACGGAAGCGAUACUGUUGGAUCGGAAAUAUGUCAAGGGUUAUUACCGACGUGCGCAAGCCUACAUGUCUCUUGGCAAGUUUAAAUUCGCGCUGAGAGACUUCGAAGCCGUAACAAAUGCCUGCCCGAAUGACCAAGAUGCAAAGAAACGUUACCUGGAGUGCAAGAAAAUAGUGCAACGGAUAGCCUUCGAGAACGCCAUCCGUGUCGACGAUGUGAAAAAAAGCGUAGCUGAUGCUUUGGAUCUCGAUUCUAUGAGCAUCGAUGACGAUUACGACGGACCUUGCCUCGAUGAAAAAGGCAUCACCGCCGAGUUCAUGGAGCAGCUCAUCGACAAAUUGUCAAAAUGCGGCAAACUCCAUCGCAAGUACGCCUAUCAGAUCCUUCUUGAAGCGAAAGCCAUCUUCGAGAAGUGUCCGACGCUUGUCGAUAUCGAAGUGCCCGAUGGGCAGAAGUUCACAAUCUGCGGCGACAUUCACGGACAGUUUUAUGACCUCUUGAAUAUAUUCAAGCUAAAUGGAAUGCCCUCAGAGAGCAACCCCUAUCUUUUCAAUGGGGACUUCGUCGACCGCGGUUCUUUCUCCGUAGAAUGCAUUCUCGUUCUCUUCGGUUUCAAGUUGCUCUACCCCAACCAUUUCUACAUGUCGCGAGGUAAUCACGAGAGCCACACAAUGAAUAGAAUGUACGGCUUCGACGGGGAAGUUCGGUCCAAAUACACCGAGCACAUGGCCCAGCUAUUCACCGAAGUCUUCUGCUGCAUCCCGCUCGCGCACGUCAUCAACAAAAAAAUCUUCGUCACUCACGGGGGACUCUUCUCCGAGGACGAUGUCACCCUUGAAGAUAUACGCAAUACGGAUCGCUUCCGGGAGCCACCGGAGAACGGUAUCAUGUGUGACCUGCUUUGGUCGGACCCGAUGAGCAUGCGGGGUCGUUCUCCAUCGAAACGUGGAGUCGGUGUCCAAUUCGGUCCCGACGUCACGGAGAAGUUCCUGCAGAAGAACAACUUGGAAUACGUCGUCAGAUCACAUGAGGUGAAGCUACAGGGCUAUGAAGUGGUCCACGGCGGUAAAUGCAUAACCGUCUUUUCGGCUCCCAAUUACUGCGAUCAGAUGGGCAAUAAAGGUGCCUUCAUUAACAUCACUGGCGGCGACCUCACACCGAAGUAUACAGUCUACGAAGCCGUGCCUCAUCCGAAUAUCCGACCCAUGGCCUACGCGUCAAGCUUAGUGAACAUUUGAAGCGCCGUUCGAUUGAUGGUCGGAGGCACUUAUAUCUAGGAAAGGAAAUAGUGAAAUAGGUACAUUAAAUGAGCGUUGUUGGAAUGCUCGCGACCGAGCUCAAAGACACACAUUUUGCCAACAUAACUGCGAUGAGGGGAACAAAGACGGAAACAGACGGCAUCGAUGGGCUAUUGAUUGCUGACUGAAUCUGAAUGGAGAGACUGUGAGGAUUCCUUGUCGCUAGAUAGAAUACCUGAUAUUUUUGAAAAAUCUGAUUUCUGGUGUCGGAUCGGCGAGGAUUGUGCUGGGGCGGCGUGAAAAUUUUCCCCUUUAGCGUGACAGAAAUCACAUCCUCGAAAGCAUCAUCUCACACCGAAAUGAAGAGACUGACAUAUGAAAAAUUCUCCAUCGUCUCACAUUGGAUAUGCGAAAGGGAUUCUCAUCUGAUGGAAAAAUUCCAAUAAAUCUCUGUUGAUUGCAAUCU